AUGGAAUCUCACCCAGACGAAAUUCGAGGAUCCUCCGCAGCACCAUCUCCUGAGCAUUUAGAUGGCCGUUCGCCCUCCGCAUACGACUUUAGUGUUCUCUUCCAGCUGGGCACAAAGGCCAACCCUAUUGUGAUUGACGACACUCCUCUCCCUGACCCAAUCUCCGAUGUCAUUGCUAGCAAUAUUGACAGAGACCUCCGCUCUGAUGCAGACACCGAGAUCGUGUCUUCCCCGGAAUUCUGGGAUGCCUUUUUCGAUGAACGCUCUUCCUCGCAAACGAGGCACAUCUUGCCUCGGUCUCGGUCUCUGCGGAAGGCAAUCCAUCAGCAUGCAGUCACUCAGAGGCACUUCAAGAUGUUGGAAAUCCAACCGCAUCUCGAGUGGAUGACCAAGGAGGAGUGGCAGAGAGCUCUUAUGAGUCGGAUCAUUGCUUUGGCUGGGUAG